AUGUUGUUCAAAAGAGAAUGCCUGAAUGCCACUAUUAUAGAACCUUAUGGUGGGAAAAAGGCGAUUUCCAUCAAGAAGCAAAUUGGGAAGAAGAAACCCGUAACUGCUCCAAAUGGGAGUGAUGGGAAUGAUCUGCCUUGGCCAAAUUUGGCCGUGGAAGUAGCCUACACUGAAACAUUAGAUCAUGUCGAAGAUGCAUUGCGCUACUGGUUAAGUCCUGGUCGCGCCCAUGAUUGUAUUAUUGUAAAAAUUGAUCCGGUUCCCCAAGGUCAAGUACCUACCCGUAUGAGAGCUUGGCAUUAUUGUGUCUCAGCAGGUAGAGGAACAAGAAAUACAGUUCCUCUUGUAACUACGGUAAUGUUAGACGAUAAUGGAACUGGAGCUCAAUUAAAUAUUUUGCAAGGUCAUUGCAUCAUAAAUGUCUCAUUAAGUUGCAUUUAUCAUGACUUGAAGCAAUCUACAUCCCCCACACAUCCUACACAAAUCCCUCGAAAUCUUUUGCCUGAUCCUAUUUCACUGGACUUCUAUUUUGUUCGACGUGCCAUCACAAAAGCAUUUGACAUUCAUUAG